AUGGCCGAAUCCGUUGCGGCACCUCAGCUUUCGCCCAGGAGAUCACCAGGACAACCCCUUAGAAACUCGACCUCGUCCUCACUCGCCAACGUUCAAACCAUCGCCCAGGCGAGAGCCGAGCUCGAAGGUCGCUUGACGAAUAUCCACAGUGACCUCCAAUUGACCCAGACCAUUGGGCUGCUCUUUGUCAAGCGCCAGGAGGACCUCAAGAACUGCUUUGAACAGCUCCAGUUACUGGAUGACCAGGAGAAGCAGGCAACCGCUGAUCAAGGAGAGGGCCUUGAUGCUGCAGCCUCCGAAAGGGGCGACGAUGCAGCAGCAGCAGCAGCAUCAAAGCCACUGCCAGAGUCCUUCCGAGAGCAACUUGUCGCCUUGGACCGCGACUUUCAGGAGGGCCAAGAUGGCAUUGUUGGCCUGAAAAGCCUCAUCGACGCGCAGCUUCCCGUGACAACAUCCAACUCGGCAAGCGAUCUCUCGACAUCCCGGUCGGGGUCCAUCAUUGCCCCAAGCGCACUGCCUUCGAGCGCUCUCCCUGCUCAGACGAUAUCCAAGCCCCGUCGCCACAAGGUCAACAUGAACUCGGCUCCCUCGACAAAUGAUGCUGCCUUCCCUCUGCAGAUUCAGGAAGAGUUGUUGAACCAAGUCCGCUACUGGACUACUCAAGCCGAGUUGAAGGAGAAGCUAAACCAGGAGUACGACCUCAAAAUUAACGAACAGGAGCGAAUUAUCGAUGCUUUGCAUAAGCAGCGUCGACUUCGUGAAGAGAGUGAAGAGCGUCAGAAGGAGGAUCAAUGGAACUUGGAGCUGCAGAACCAGGAACUCCGGAAUCAAAACGUGGAUUUGCAGGCCCAGCUGUCCAAGGCCACUCACGAGAAUGCCAAGGUUCAAAAGGCGUUCGCGACGGCAACGGAGCAGGUCGAGCAGCUUAAGGACAAGGAAGAAAAGACGUCUGGCCAGCUUGAAAUCACCAAAUCACGGCACGAGCAGGACAUGGCGACAAUGCGGAAGCACAUGGCAGGAAUCCAGCGCGAGAAAUCCGAUCUGUUGACCAAGGUCGAAGACCUCAACGCCACCAUGACGCAACAGCAGCGAAAGCUCGCCAAGAGAGCGACUCUGGAUGCGAUUGCUCUGGCCCAGGAGGCGGAGGAGAAGGCUGCUGAGCCUGCUGUCGAAGCACCUGUCUUGAUUCAGGCCCCAGCUAAGACUGUCAGUAGUGAGGAAGUCGUUGUUCCUGCCAUCGUCGCGCCUGCAGUCGUCGAGCCCAAGGUCGCAUCAUUGGCUCGAGAGACAUCCUUUGCCCACCAACAGUCCAUCAUCAGCGAGCUCCAGUCGAAACUCAGCAAGGAGAUUACUGAAAAGGAGGAGCUCAUUACCGAGAAGGAGGAACUUUUGGUGAAGAAGGAGGAGCUUUUGGUGGAAAAGGAGGAGCUGGUCAAGAUGCUCGCGGACCGUGAGGAGACGAUCGAGACUAUGCGUCUCGAGGGAGUUGCUGUCUUUGAGCCCACGCCUCUGAACGAGAAGUCGAGCUUGGGACUUCAAGGUCACGGAUCCCACAACGGGUCAGACACGGAUGUUCUGGAUGAUGUCGACGGCUAUGACCAUCGCGACCUGAGCAUGAGCCUUUCCGAAAGUGGAUCUCGUGACUUUAGUAACGGUCGAGGUUCUCCCUUCCCGACUGGCGGACUCUUUGCCGAGCUCGCCCAGGCUACCUCGACCCCCAAUAUCAAGGCCGCUGCGGAAUACAAGGAUCAGGAAGUCAUGACCGAGCCGAUUGAGAGCUGGAUCCAUACCGUCCCUGGUUUUGUCCCACCCACCAAUGGCGUUACCCCUUCACCACAUGCGGAUUCAUUGGACAAGGACGCUGUCGAGGGCAAUAGUACUGUUGAUGCUGAGACGACUGUCGAGGGCAAGGAUGCUGCUGAUGCUGAGAAGACUGUCGAGGACAAGGAGGCUGCUGAAGCCCACAAAAGCGAUCAGGCUAAGACCGCUGUCAAUGGCGUUUCCUCUUCCACUCCUGACUCUGACAACAUGGAAACUGUUGCAGAAGCCAAGGACGACAUAUCCGAGGCAGUUAUCACUGGCAAGCCUGGAACGGAGACAAAGCAUAUUCCUAUCGACACCGCACCUACAGUCCCCACAACCGAUAUCCCCGCUGUUGCAGCCGCCGCCGCCGUCGUUAUCCCUGCCGUUGUCGCCGCCACUGUCGAGCCCGCUCAGGAUGACGCCGUUUCACCAUCACCCACCUCCACCGAGACUGUCCCCGCUCCUACCACUGCCGAGUCUGCUGAUGCUACUUUGACCAACGAUGUGCAAUAUACCCCUAGCCCAGCUGCACACUCUACGGAAGGAGACGUCGAGCCCACUGCCGACAAGUCAGCUCGUCGCGCGUCUAAGUCUAGUGUGGAGGAAGAGCGCCGCCAUACUUGCGAUAUGAGCCAGACUAUCUCGGAGCCCGCGGAUGUCGAGUCGCCGCCACCAGUUCCUGCUGUCCCAGCGGAUCUUGCCGAGCCUGUGAUGGACAAUCCCGAGGACCGUGAGUCCAGAGUGUCGUUUGGAUCAGCAUUUGGUGGCGAUCAAAAUGCAACGGAUACUGGCCGAAUCAAGUCUAUCUACCAAGACAACGCCAGUUCGCCUGCCGCAUCUCUGGAACAGUCUCAGGAUCAUACCAAGGCGGCCUCAAUUUAUGAGCAGACCAAGGGCGAGGAGAAGCACUCGAAGUUGGAAACUGCUGCACCUUUGGCAGCGGCGGCUGCAGUUGCGGCAGUAGCAACAGCCGCUGCCGCCGCGAACUCGUCUACGGAUCAAAACAACGUUUCAUCCGCCGAGGAGUCUACUCCUACGCCUGCGCACUUUGCUGCGACAGAAAAGGAGGUGGCUUUGCCGUCAGUAACGGCUCAAACGGAACAGCCUUCUAUAGCAGCUGGCGAAGUGCCAUUGAGUCGCCCAUCCACCACCGUCGUUGAGGUCUCUUCGCACACCACCUACACGUACGCCGCCCCCAGCACGAGCCAGGUGAACUUGACUCCCCUCAACAAUGGUGUUGGCAGCACUACUCACCCCCACCACGUCAUCACGGACUCUUCGGGUGUUACGAUCGGCCGCCAUCCCGAUUACAGACCAUCGCCCAACGGCUCCAUCUCCAGCAUGUCGACCGACUACAACCAGGACGGCUAUCUCCGCAAUGGCAGACGGAUGUCGAACAGCUCCAACUUCGACUUGACGCCCACCGAUCCAACUAUGAUCCAGUUGAUUACUCAGACGAUGAUCGGUGACUACCUCUGGAAGUACACCCGCCGCAGGAUCACUACCAUGAUGAACGAAAAAAUGCAUUGGCGUUAUGUGUGGAUCCACCCUUACACCAAGACCUUGCACUGGAGUUUGAAGAACCCUGGUUCAGGAGGAUCCACGCUGCAAUCUGGGAAGAGCGGAUUAAUUGUUGCCGUGACUCAAAUCACCGAGGAAGUGCCCAACUCGGACCUGCCUACCGUCAGUCUUAUGAUCCAGACCACUAGUCGCAACGUCAAGUUGAAGGCCCCUACACGCGAAAAACACGACCUGUGGUUCAGAUCGCUCUCUUACUUGCUUUCGCGUCCUUCCUCACCUGGAGCAGACUCACCUGGCGACAACCAGACGUGGUCUGAGGUUCAGGCUAACCACCGCCCUUCUACUUCCCGAUCGACACCAUCACUUCCAACCAACGACGCCGUCAUGACCCUUCGCCAAAGCGAGAUGGGAGGCAGCACUCUCAGGAAGAAGUCGAGCUUGGCUCGCAUUCAGGGAGCCUUUCGACGAAGCUCGACCUCUCGCGAUGUUUCGUCAUCAACAAGCCCUAACACGACCAGUGCUGUUGGAUCCCCUAGAAUCGGACCUUUGGGGGCGCCUCUUGGAGUGAUCUCGACCUCGACCUCGACUGCUGCCGCUAAUGCCGCGGAGAAACGGGCGAGUGUUACCAAUCUUGCCACGGCUUACCCAAUUACUCAAGGGGGAGGAGGAGGAAUUAACGGAAAACACGGAGUUGGCAAUGCCUCGACCGUUGGGGUUGGCGGGAACGGAACGGUGAAUGGGGGGUCAAUCCUCGCCCAGGCAGAGCGAGAGAUUGCAUAA